GUUUCUGGGCCCGCCCCAUGACUUUUUUGUCUCCGCUGUUUGGCCCAGGGGAAGGUUAUUAAAAUACAUGGGCCGCCGCCAUCUCUUGCUCCCUUCUGGCUUGGAAAGACGAUGUUUUGAACUUCUGACCUCUUCCCGGGCCACCAGCCCCACGCCAACCACCGCUCCCGCCUGCUCCCUCCCCCGGUCUACGCCGCCGCAACAGAUGACGACAUCACCGGGUGCCCUACCAUGAAGAGUCCCCGACGUUUCUACGCCCUUGUUGGGCUGUGUCUCUUGGUAUUCGUCAACACGGUCGCCGCCGGCGCGAAGCAAGUCUCGCUGGAGCAUGAGCUCCUCGCGCUACCACCAUGCGCGUUGCCCUGCGUCGUGGACGCAAUCCGGGACGCCAAGUGUUCCGCACACGACAACGAAUGCAUAUGCUCGUCGGCGAGGUUCGACAAAGAGGCCCACUUAUGCGUUCGCACCCAUUGCGCCCCGCGGGAGACUCUCACGGCCAAAAACAUUACGUAUCAAUGGUGCGACCAUCCCAACGAGGGAGACCGGACGCUUCUCCCCGCCUUUUCCAUCUUUUUGGGUCUCGCCAUUGCCGCCGUGGCUCUGCGGUUGGUAGCCCGAGUGGUGACGGAGGCCUGGUUCUGGUGGGAUGAUUUGUGCAACUUUUUCGCCAUUGUAAGCCCGUGCUGGUCAGUUAGUUGGAGUGGGGGUGGUUUUUUUCGUCGGGCUAACUGUGGAUUUUUGUGUCGCAGGCUGGGUGUGCUGCGUACACGGGGUUGUACAUCGAGGCGGUCCACUUUGGGAUGGGAAAAGACAUCUGGUUCGUGCCGUUUGACAACAUCACCAAGAUCAUGCAGACGUACUUUGCCACCAUGUUGACGUACGUGACGACUCGAUUCUUCAUCCGCGCCUCCAUCAUCCUCUUUUACCUGCGAGUCUUUCCCGCGCAGUCCAACUUUAGGCUGGGCAAGGUGAUUGUCUGGACGGGCGUGUUCAACAUUAUUUACACUAUCGCCUUCUUCUUCGCCUCCUUGCUUCAGUGCCAACCGAUAUCAGCGUUUUGGACGGCGUGGGAGGGCGUUGGGAAGGAUCAGUGCGUCAACCUCAACGCGAUGGCUUGGUCGGCGGCGGCGACGGGGAUAGCGUUUGAUUUAUGGCUGCUGGCUUUGCCAUUUCCGCAGCUGCUGUCGCUUAAUCUGCACUGGAAGAAGAAGUUAAUGGGGUCGAUGAUGUUUCUUGUGGGCGCAGCUGUAAUUGUCAUCAGCUUGAUCCGGCUCAAGACUAUCAACGCGACCACCCGGGCUGUCAACCCUACUAAGGAUACGGUGGACCUCUCCCUGUGGAGUGGCAUCGAAAUCGACGUGGGCGUUAUAUGUCCCUGCCUGCCUAGCUUCCGACUCCUCCUGCGAAAGGUCCUACCGCGCCUGAUGGGAGAGUCUACAAGGUCGUACGAGCUUGACCCGAUCUCCAAGGGGGAAGGAGGCGUGACGGUGACGACCAAGAUCUCGGCCCAUAUUGAGCCGUCGGGGAAUAAUGGGAUAUUCUUGCGGCCGCACAAGGACUCGAACACGGGGAGGAGCUGUGAGAGUGUUACUGGACUGGUGGAGCUGUCGGAUGAGGAGAGUAACCAUGGUCGGCAGAAGGCGUAAUGAUACAGAUGGAGAAGAGGGUUUGAUUAUUUUGUCAUGGGUGGAAGCUUAGAUUCUGGUCGAUUUGAUGUUG